GUUCACUACAAAUUUAAGCUUACACGUUGGUACGCAUGGAAUAGUUUGAUGUUUCAAAUGUUUCACUUUGCUUGACUUUGCUGCUCGCGUUGUUUGGCAAAUUUUUCAUGAAUAGGUUCCAUCCAAAAUCUUUAACGAGGAUUUACAUAUCUACAAUGUCGAGUGGUACCAAAACAGCACAACUUAAAGGGAAUAUCAAUUUCGCAUCACCUUCCAUCAGUUCACCAGAAACACAACCAUGUCCUGCUAUCAAGAACUGUAAUUCAACUUCAUCUUGUACAUCAACCCUCAAUUUACGAUUCUCAACACCACAAGUGUCUCCUGCAAAGUUUAUUCCAACUUUAUCUUCUUCACCUACAGUCGCUCCAUCCUUCUCAAAAUUACAGACACCUACUGGUCCUAUUGCAAUGUUUGCAGAAUUAAAUAAUGGAACCACAUCACAGGAUAGAGAUGUAAAACGAAAAAGGGAAGAAGAUGACAAAAAAUGUGUGGAUACAGGAAAUUCGAUGAGUCCUAAUACUGUUUCUAAUUCAUUAUCCUUGGUCAGGGAGUCAUUCAUCGAUGGUUACAAUUUUGCUCUACAAGAAUGUCUGAAGUUUGUUCCAAAGCGCAACAAGACUCAGUGCAUUAUUGAGAUGCUGCAAGUUCUCCAAAAAUAUGAAAAACAUGAUGAAUAAAGACUUAGAUUCAAUAUCUAAAGAAGAAGUUACUACAUUUGAUGCGUGGAUCUGGGUUCCUUGCAUAGUUGGAUGUAGUAUGAAAUAGGUUCUGUUUCAGUGAAGUACUUUAUUUGGUACUUACACCCAGGUACAUUAUAAAUGUACAAUGACUGUAUUCCAUUCAUAAUCUAUUUAAGGAAAAAGAUUUUUUUUAUUUACCAUAUAACUUUAAGUUCUGUAUUACUUCCAAGGUAGAAUAAAUUUGACAAACCUGGUUUAAAAACAUA